CAAUAACAGGAACGGGGCUCGGCCAGGACUACGAGCCCCACAAUCCCAUGCGGCAAUAAAAAGUGAGCGCUGUGGCCGGGGGAGACGUGUGGCCACUAUUUGCAUGAAUGGGUGGCGGAUCGGCUCGGCGCUCACGAAGGGUGUAGCGACAGGAGAGACCGUGGUCACCGGGGGAUGUCCUGUCUCACUGCGCCGUUAGGAGGGAGCCGUCACCGCUAGAGGGAGGGAGAUGCCGAGGGACGAGAUGAACUCCCUGAUCCAGAAGAUCGCCCGCCAGGCCCGGCUGACGUUCCGCGGUGCAGGCAGCAGCGGGGACGGGAAGGGAUUCGCCGAGAAUGUGACGCAGCUGAACAAACUGGUGAGCGAGAUCCGGGCCCAGGACCUGAAGAUCCGACCGCGGAAGAGCGCCCAGGCCCCGAUCUCCCUGCCGCAAAACCCGCCCGUCACCUACAUGCACAUCUGCGAGACGGACGGCUUCAGCAUGGGGGUCUUCCUCCUGAAGGGCGGCGCCAGCAUCCCGCUGCACGACCACCCCGGGAUGCACGGCAUGCUCAAGGUGCUCUACGGCAAAGUGCUCAUCAGCGGCUUCGACAAGAUGGAGCCCGAGCCCCCCGGAAAUAACGGCUCCGUGCUCCGGGCUGUGCUGCGCUCCACCGGGGAGUACAGCGACACGAGCCCGGCCUGCCUGCUCAGCCCGCACCGGGACAACCUGCACCAGAUCAGCGCCGUGGACGGGCCCGCCGCCUUCCUGGACAUCCUGGCUCCCCCCUAUGACCCGGACGAUGGACGGGACUGCCAUUACUACAAGCUGCUGCCGCAGGCCCCGUCCUCCGCCUCCUCCGAGCAGACCGGGGACGGCGGGGCCGAGGCCUCCGGGGUUCACCCCCGGGAGGUGUGGCUGCUGGAAAUCCCGCAACCUGAUGAUUUCUGGUGCGGGGGGGAGCCCUACCCGGGGCCCAAAGUGUCUGUCUGAGCCUUUCUACCUCCUCCUGUCACAGUCAUGGGGUCCUACUAAUAAUGGUCAGAGGGUCAGGCCUCCUUGUAUGCUCGUUACCCCCCUAUUACUACUACUGGAAGCCCAUUGUGAAUACUGUCAUGGUGCUGCAGCAGCUGCUGCUGCGGAACCUCUUUGGCAAUGGAGGAGUUAGUCGCCAUCUUUAAAGCCGGCUGUAGAUAUCGAGGUUGUCCAGUGAGCCCUCAUCGUGAUUAUGGUAACGUCUGUGAUACGGAAAUGGACGCCAAGGAUCCCACUGCAAUUUCGGGCGUUUUAAUGUUUUUUUUAUUACUGCUGGAUCUUUUUUCCUCCUCAGUCUGUGAACAGUCCUACCACCUUAAAAAUGGCGGCUGAUUGCGGAGGUUAUACAUCCAGGACUGUGGAGCGUUGUGUGAGAUGCUGUGGACUCCGACAGUAUGGAGGCUGCCAGCCCCCUUCUAUCCCACGCAUGCCAACCUACUGCCGCCCGUGCCCCAAAAAGCGUUAGCCACUUCCCUGCCAUGCUUUUGUGUCAGCCGUUUGUACCCAAGGCUGUGAUCCCAUGGUGUCCAUUAAAAUUCGGAGCAGCGACGUCCCCACUAUGUAAUUUAUUGAAGGUGUGCAUGGUUUACAUCAUGUCAUUUUGGGGAGAUUUAUCAGAACUGGCUUAGUGGCCCCUAGCACCCAAUCAGAUUCCACCUUUCGUUAUUCAGUUCCUUUGAGAAAUUAAAGCCUCCAUGUGAUUGGUUGCUAGAGACGACUAAACCAGUUCUGAUAAAUCUCCCCACCCCCGCAUAUCGAUCAGUGAUGUGAGACCUCCAGCUCUUGUAAGAGGGGAUUUACAUUAACGCCUCUUGCCCACAAACGUAAGGGCUCCUUGCCCGUGCUGCAGACCGCAUACAGCGGUUCCGAAGUUCACGGGUGACCAGUCGUGUGCAUUCCGCAUCACAACUCCGGUGAUGCGGAACGGAAGCACUAUGGAGUGCGUCCGUGGUGUUCCGUUCUGUGCUUCCGUUGCACAAAAAAGAAUAGAACUUGUUCUAUCUUUUUUUUUGCGUAACGGACGGAUUGUGGACCCCAUUCGAGCAAAUGGGUCCGCAUGCGGCUGCCCCACGGUCGGUGCCUGUGCAUCGCGGACCGCAAUUUGCGGUUGCAGCACGGGUAAGGAGCCCUUACGUUCGUGGGCUAGAGGCCUAAGACUGUUUUAACCUUGUGGUCCAAAACGCAACGGUAACCGAGGUAAGACCAUGCGGUUUUGAAUUGCGAUUUCCGCUUGUACAGAUGCACUUCACCAGCGGAGGAGAUUUUAUAUAUUUUUUUUCAACUAGGAUAUUUGGCGCCAAUUCCGCCCUUUUAAAGUCCCAGCAGAAAACACAAUCUACCUCCCGUUCAUUCGGUGUGAAAACUGUCUGGCAAUUUAUACAGUAUUUUCACAGUCAAACUUCCCAUUGAAACGGGCAGGAUCCAAAACCGCGUGAAAUUUUGACUAGGAGUACUCCCCCUUUUUUUAUUAUUUUUUUGGGCAAAAAAAAAAAAAGAAA